UCAGUCUUGUCCCAGAACGCACUUCGAUAAGAACCUUUAACUGUGGCUCCAGAGGUUGUACUUGACUUGAGGUUCCGCUGUUUCGAAGUCUAACUCCUCGGAACUUUUCUGACAGUUAGUAAAAUCAAACUCUUGAACUGCAGUACGGGAGGUUUUAGUUUGUUUUAUUUCGUCUUUUGAAAGAAAAGUGACGAAUGAGAAUUCAUGGUCAUGUAAACGAGAAGAAUUGAUGUAAAGAAAGAAAAACAGUGCACUGUACCCGCCAGUUGGAACAUUUGUGUUAAUUAUAGCGUAGAGCGAACUACUAGCUACGAAAAUGCAGUGCCAGGUAUCAGCUGACCAGGUCCUCCUCGGCGCGAUGGCACCCGAUGCCACUGAGACCACGGAGCCAACAGGCCCCAAAUGCGAGUCUGAGAAGAAAUUAGUGGAACUGAAGCUGAAACAUGGAUGGCCAUUCCCUGAUAUGACGGACCCUCCGUUGUCCUUCCGAAUUAAAAGCAGCUUCAUAAUUCCCAUGGUCGGGACUUUCAGCAAAAUUCUUUUGAAAUGGUGUAAUAAGGUGAAUGGCCACAACAUUCAACAACUUCGAAACAUGGUAGCAAAUCGGCCUGCAGGCACACCGCUCCUCACAGUAUCAAACCAUUAUUCCUGCCUCGAUGAUCCUGCGCUAUGGGGUUUGUUAAGAUGGCGUGAUCUGUGGAAUGCACGGAGAAUGAGGUGGUCCCCAGCAGCACACGACAUAGCCUUCACACGAAAAAUAUACAGCUGGUUCUUCAGUGCUGGGAAAUGUGUGCCAAUUAUUCGAGGCCUGGGAGUGUACCAGGAGGCAAUGGACUUCCUGAUUGAACGUCUGAAGGAGGGCCAGUGGGUACAUAUAUUCCCUGAGGGCAAGGUGAACAUGAGUCUGGAGAGGAUGCGGCUCAAAUGGGGUGUGGGCCGGCUGGUGUACGAGUCACCCGUGUGUCCAAUCGUCCUGCCCUUCUACCACAUCGGUAUGGAUGAAAUUCUGCCCAACCGCAAGCCCUACAUCCCCAGGGUCGGGAAGCUGGUGACAGUGGUGGUCGGAGAACCCAUGGACUUCAAAGACCUAGUGUCGGAGAUGAAGGCAAAGCAGGAGGACCCGACUACGGCGCGGAAGGUGAUCACCGACAGGAUCCAGGAGGAACUGGGAAAGCUGCGAGACCAGGCAGAGGAGCUCCAUGAGAAGAUGAAGAGGGAGAGGAACUUAUAACGCAAGUCCAAAGGCAUAAAUGCAGCAAUUAUCCUAAUCCUUCCACUCGAUAUUUUGUACAUUUUUUUCCUCGGUGGAGAAGUAUCGAAUUGUAAAACUGAUGAAGAAUUCAUUUUGAAUUUUUGUCAUUUUUCAGUAUUGGCCUUAUUAAAUUUUUUUAGAUGAAGUCAAUGGAUAUACAUUUAUAAGUAUUGAUAGUGUUAGCUUUUUUCCACGAAUUUUAAAAAUGUAUGGAGAUAACCUGGAAAACUUUGAAAUUGAUUUUUCUGGAUAUUUAUUAUGUAUAUAGUACUUUUAUUUUGAUUAGAAUGUUUGCAAAUAUUUAAAAAAUUAUAUGUAGUUGCAGGAUUGGAAAAUCUGGUAGUUUUACGCCACAUGAACUGACCUGUAUGUACCAAUUGGCUGAGUGACAUGUAACUUAAAACCUGAAUUUUCCUUUGGUGUUAUAUUGCAAUGGUACAUAAAGAUGAAGUGUUCAAGACUUGCAUAAGGUUUAGCAUGUUGGUGAGUUUGCACAACUACAUUUUAUUUUUUGUUAGUAAGCUAUAUUUCUAUGUAUGUUUAUUGAGUGUGAAGCAGAAUACUGAAUUCAACAUGCCAAAAUGAAGUGUUUUUUCUCUUGCUUCCCAUUGAUGAUAAUGUCAUAGCUUUAUGUGUUGAUGUUGAUGAAGAUGAUUUAUUUAUUUUUUUAUUUUUUCUCUUUUUUUAUCUCUCUCUUUUUAAUUUUUUCAGAGAUACUGGUGCAAAAAGUGUUCAUGUUAAAUGCAGGUUUUUGCAUUUGUCCUAAUAGAUGUGUGCUCACUACAAAACUUUCCAAUUUUGUGAACAAAACUUCCAUAAAGAUUGGGGUCUGUGAGGUAUCAGUGCAUCAUGUUCAGGAGAAGCAGACAAGAAUCUUGUUUAUAUUUUAUAUUAUUUAUAUUUUAUCAGUUGUAUUUCACAAAUAUCUCUAAUUAUAUUCCCUUUCCCCCCACUGCAAAUAGGAGAGAUUAGAUAUAUAUAUUGCGGCUUCACACUCUUGCAAAUACUAUGAAAAUUUGAAUGUACACAAACACAAAUUAAAGGAAAAUAUGGCAUAAGGCUGUCUCUGGCAAGUAAAUGAUUAAAUUAAAAAGAUAGUAUCAUGACAAAGCAAACACUGUCAGGUAUUUAUGUAAAUAAAUAUUGCCCCUGAAAAAUUAUGUAUAUGCUGUUACCUGUUAUUUUGCAACUUUCUGAUAGCUGCUCUUAUUGCUUUAUUUUCUAAUUAACUAUUUUUCUAUCACUGUUUCCUAGUUGUCUAGUUUCCCAUUGGUUUAAUUCAAAGGCUUUUCAUAAGCAGGAGUUUUUAGUUCAGGGUUGUUACAAGCCAUCAUUUAUUUUUCUCUUUUUUCCAAAAUGAAUUUACUUGUUUCACAGCUACAUUCUCCAUUCAAAAUGCACAGAGACAAGUAUUAACAAUAGUAAUGCUAAAUGUCUUUGUUUAGUCAAGUACUGUAGAGUACUGCAAGGCAUUACAGAAAAGUGUAGAUUCUGCUCUGUAUUUUUUUGUUCUGUGCAUGUUUCAUCCCUGUAACACCAUUGGGUCAUAUGCUUUGUACCUCAGAUGCUGAAGAUAUCACAUUUUGGUGCAGAGCUCAGAAAUGUGAUUAUUUUUACUUUUUUACCUUUUGAUACUAGAUUGUCAAUAAAUAAAUAUAUACAUAAUCAACUGGACCAAUUAGGAAAUCAUAUAAAAGGGUUAACUUGUAUAGAUGAAGAGAACUAGAGAUGAAACUUAUACCAAAUGUUAGUAAGAAAAAUCAGACUUGCAUUGUUUGUUUGAACAAGGAGAGAAUCUUAACAUGUUUCAAACUGAAUCCCAUUAGAUAUAUGAUAAUCUAUUUUCAAAUCCAGUAAUGUAGAAAAUAUAACAUUCUCUUGAAAAGGAAUCUGAAAUAACAAAUAAUAAAUAUAGUUGUUAGUAUAGCUAGGCCUGCCAUCAUAACCUGUGUAACAAUGUUUUUGAUUAUGUACAAUCUAAACCUCUUUCAGAGUAAUGGGUUAUCUCUGUGUUGACUAGCAAUAUAUGUGUUUAGGGUAGCUGUCAGUGUCAGCUGAACUAAUAUCCUUUGAAACCCUGCAGCAAUUAUUAUUAGUGUGACUAUAUUUGUUACUGGCUUUUUAGUUCUGUAGUUUAUGAGUCGGGCUUACCUUAUACCGGUAAUGUACACCUCUGGUAACGUGGAUGGUAGUUACAGUGUCAGAUAAAAUGAUAUACUUCCUAUUGUUGUAAAAAUAGUACCUUGAAGAUGAGAUGGAAUUAUUAUAGUCAACAUUAUAAUGGUAUAUCAUAGUGCAGCAAAUUUGUUAGAUGAAUUGUAAAUGCAAUAGAUAUUUACUUUACUGGUGAUGUCAGAUUUGUACUAAUGAAUUGUACCUCUUUAUCAGUUACAUAUAAAGUUUUACCCCAGUGAUUUAUUACUAAUUUUAUUUUAUUAUAGAACAAAUAAUAUAGGUUUAUGGCAUCCUAGAGAUUGACAGAAGUAUUAGAAAUGUUUGUAUAUUAAUGGAAUGUUCAAGGCUUUGUUAAACAAUGACCAGUCUUUUACUUCUCUAAGAUUCAAAAUUACAAUCUUUUGUUUCUUUAUAGUAUCUUCUUAUCUCUAAUUCAUUUUGAUAUAUGUUGUGUUUGCUUGAGGAAAUAUUUACUGAACAAGAGAUUAUUUUCAUGACAAUAGAGCAGGGGUUUAUGAUAUGGACUAGUAUGUACAGGCCACUUAUUAUAACUGUAUUUUAUGUUAUGAUGUCCGAUAAAAGAAUCAUACUAAGGAUAUCUUUUGCACAAUGAAUUGAUAUGCAUCUGAAUGCAAAAAUGACAUAGUACAAACUUGGAGGGUGAAGUUUAUUAUUCAGCUAUGACUGGCAUAUCAUUGGAAGGUAGAUGUGUUAAACAAAAUUCCUUGGAAAGUUUGCUACUCUUGUUUGAUUAGUUAGUAAAGGUAUGAAACUAACUUAAUUUGAUAUGGAUUUUCCUUUUCUUGCUGGUGUAUGUAAGAUGUCAGUGUUUGGUUAUCUCUGAAGAAAAGUAUAAAUGACAUGAAGUUGAAUUUCUUUCAUUAAAUUUUUAAAUUAUUUAUUUUUUACUGUAUGUAUUUCAUUUUCACUCCUUAAGAUGUAUUUCAGUGUUGAUAUGCAAUAUAUCUGAAUAAUUUUGCAUAGUGUUGGUAUUAUUUUAGGUAUUAUAAACAGGUAUUUCAUUGAGUGACAAAACUGAAUCCCUAUUUCCUCUAUUUGUUAAUAAAUAUGAAUCCAAUUUUUUAUUUCACUAUUUCAAAUAACUGAGACAGAUCUUUGGAAUACUAUUUUCAUUUUUCUUUCACACUAACAGACACUGAUAUGCUGAAACAUGAGCAAGAAAGAGAAGUCUGAUCAUUGCCCCCUAAUAAAAGUACAGUAAACCUCAAUUUAAUGAACUAAGGAAGAAGGAAAAGGGAUGGAGGGAUGGCAGGACUAAUGUCUGCUUGCAACAUACAAACGGUCAGAGGUGGAAUAGGAAUGAGAGUUGGUUAAAGUUUUCUUAAGGACUGUAGCCAGGUUGAAUUAGUUUAGGUCAGAGGUGGAAUAGGAAUGAGAGUUGGUUAAAGUUUUCUUAAGGACUGUAGCCAGGUUGAAUUAGUUUAGGUUAGAGGUGGAAUAGGAAUGAGAGUUGGUUAAAGUUUUCUUAAGGACUGUAGCCAGGUUGAAUUAGUUUAGGUUAGAGGUGGAAUAGGAAUGAGAGUUGGUUAAAGUUUUCUUAAGGACUGUAGCCAGGUUGAAUUAGUUUAGGUCAGAGGUGGAAUAGGAAUGAGAGUUGGUUAAAGUUUUCUUAAGGACUGUAGCCAGGUUGAAUUAGUUUAGGUUAGAGGUGGAAUAGGAAUGAGAGUUGGUUAAAGUUUUCUUAAGGACUGUAGCCAGGUUGAAUUAGUUUAGGUUAGAGGUGGAAUAGGAAUGAGAGUUGGUUAAAGUUUUCUUAAGGACUGUAGCCAGGUUGAAUUAGUUUAGGUUAGAGGUGGAAUAGGAAUGAGAGUUGGUUAAAGUUUUCUUAAGGACUGUAGCCAGGUUGAAUUAGUUUAGGUUAGAGGUGGAAUAGGAAUGAGAGUUGGUUAAAGUUUUCUUAAGGACUGUAGCCAGGUUGAAUUAGUUUAGGUUAGAGGUGGAAUAGGAAUGAGAGUUGGUUAAAGUUUUCUUAAGGACUGUAGCCAGGUUGAAUUAGUUUAGGUUAGAGGUGGAAUAGGAAUGAGAGUUGGUUAAAGUUUUCUUAAGGACUGUAGCCAGGUUGAAUUAGUUUAGGUUAGAGGUGGAAUAGGAAUGAGAGUUGGUUAAAGUUUUCUUAAGGACUGUAGCCAGGUUGAAUUAGUUUAGGUUAGAGGUGGAAUAGGAAUGAGAGUUGGUUAAAGUUUUCUUAAGGACUGUAGCCAGGUUGAAUUAGUUUAGGUUAGAGGUGGAAUAGGAAUGAGAGUUGGUUAAAGUUUUCUUAAGGACUGUAGCCAGGUUGAAUUAGUUUAGGUUAGAGGUGGAAUAGGAAUGAGAGUUGGUUAAAGUUUUCUUAAGGACUGUAGCCAGGUUGAAUUAGUUUAGGUUAGAGGUGGAAUAGGAAUGAGAGUUGGUUAAAGUUUUCUUAAGGACUGUAGCCAGGUUGAAUUAGUUUAGGUUAGAGGUGGAAUAGGAAUGAGAGUUGGUUAAAGUUUUCUUAAGGACUGUAGCCAGGUUGAAUUAGUUUCCUCUCUGAUAAUGCUUCCUAAGUUUGAGUACAUCCAGAGCUGCGAAAAAUGUUAGUAGGAGACCGUGUUAGUAGUCAGAAUAUAUCGGUUAAAUCCAAAAUUUGUUCUUUGAGACAUAAUAUUCAAAAUUAGGAUUAAUGCUAAGUUUUGAAAUAUUAAUAAAUAAUUCUUUGUAAACUAUAUCUUUAAGUUCAUACUUGUAUACAUUCUGUAAAUUUUAUGCCUUGUUAUUUGUAGACAAAAAAAAAUACAUUAUAUAAUUUUGCAUGUUUUACUCAUAAAUCAAUAGAAUUCAUAUAGAAUCUCCAUUUUGUUCCUCUUAAAAAAUACAGCAACUAUAGAUUAAGUUGACCGCAUAGAAGUUGAAUGGUGUGGGUGUGUGCCAUGCUUUACUCUAUUUACUAAUGAAAUAUAAUAAUAGAAGAAGUGUUCUAUUUGUGAGUUGUAUUUAAUUUUUCACAUUUCAGUCUACACAGCUCAUGCAGAAAUAGUUAAUUUUUUAUAUGUAGUCAACAUUUAUAUUGAAAACUAGCAUAUGUUCAGAGUUUAAUCUGGAAAAAGGUAUAAUUUUGCUUAAUGUUGUUGCAAUAUUAAUUUUUUAUCUUAAGUAAACUAUAUAUAUUUUUUUUUUUUAUGAUUGGCAAUUUGUGCAUUAUUUUUUAUUGUAAAAUAUUUGGUCAAAUCAAAAUUACUAUCACUGGAACAUUUGCAAUCAAAUACAUCUAAUUAUUAAUUGAUAUGACUUUGCCAAAAGGAAACCAUUUUUGUUUUAAUUAAUAAUAACAGUACUUUGAUGCAACAGAAAAAAAUAUAAUAAAGUCUGAAAUGAUGAUAAUAAUGGAAAGAUUUUCAAAAGUAGAUAUGAUGAUGCAUUGUAUGAAAAUAAAAUUGUUAAAAUUGUGAUAUGGGUGCUAGCAAACUGUGUAAAAUGCAAAAUUGUUAUCUUAUGAGGUAUUUCCGAAUUUAUGAUAUAUCUGAAAAAAAUCUUCCAGAAUGCCUGUGUAAGGUAAAAAAAAUAUAUUUUGUAAUUAUUAUU